AGAGAUAGAGGAGAGAUAGAGGAGUGGAGAGAGAGAGACAGAGAGAGAGUGGUCUAACAGAACCAGUUAGAAUCCAUCCCCAAUCAUCAAACCAUUGCUAUAUUUCCUACCCACCUUGUGAUUUAUUUCUGCUUUUUAACCCUUAUUUACAAACAAUUUAUUUACGAGCAAUUUAUUUAUUUGCAUCACUGACCUGAACAGACACAAUGAUCCCCAAAGCCUUUCUGGCUUUGCUGUUGUUUUGUUGCCAAGGCAGUUCCUCUCCUCUUCCCCGCGAGGCGCUGAGAGAUGAAAAGGUUACCAAGUGUAUCGUUGAGGUUCUGUCCGACGCACUGUCCAAACCGAAUCCUGUCGUAGUGAGCGGUGAAUGUCUCAGGAUCCUCAAAGAAGACGAGCGGAUGCUGGAGAUGUUGAGACACCAACAGCUUCUGAAGGAACUCCAGGAACUAGUCGAUCACCAGGAGGCGAGAGAGAGCAAGAGGCAUCUUGAAGGUGAGUUGAAGUGGCCCCAUACCACGGAGGAGGAGGAGGAGGAGGAGGAGGAGGAAGAGGAGGAUGAGAAGAAGAGCGAUGCCUAUUGGGAGGAGGAGGAGGAGAGCCUCGAGAAGCGAGCGACGGCGGCCAAAAAGGCAGCGGUCGGCCAAGCGAGCAGGCGGGCACCGGCUGAGAAGAAAGACGGCGCCGUGAAGAGAAGGGAAGACCUGGAGAAGAUUGACAAGGAGCAGUGGGAGGAGAAGGAAGUGGUUCACGGAGGGGACGACACCAAGACCGAGCUGCGCGAUUCCGAGGAGCAGCUGAGCCACGAGGAGGACAAGAGGAACCCCGAGAAGCGAAGGCAAUCGUUUGAGGAAGGGGGGAGCAGAUCGGAGGAGGAGGAGGAGAAGGAGAUAGACGAGCUGCUGGAGAAGGAGGAGCGGGAGAGGGGGGAGGACAAGAGGGCGGGCGAGACGAAGAAGCGUCAUGGCGGAGAGGACGAGGAGGAGGAAGAGGAGGAGGAGGAGGAAGGUGAGUUCAGGAAGAGAGGAGGGAAGGAGCGCAGGGACUUUGAGAAGCGGGUGGAAGAGAACGCCAGUGACGAGGAGACUGAUCAGUUUGAGGCGGAGCAGAAAGGGAUUAAAAUCCUCGACUCCCAAAUGCACCUUCACGAGGCCAUGACCCGCGGCUCUCCCGAGAAGAAAUCCCCGGGAGCCGGGAAGAGACGGGGAGAGGACGAGGAGGGAGAAGACGAGGAGGAGAGGGAGGAGGAGGGGGAACUGUGGAAAAGGCACCACGAGGAGCCUGAAGAGGAGAGAGCGGGUGAGGGAAUGAGGGAACUGAGAGACGAGGAAAUGGAGCUGGAGAACCUGGCGGAGAUCGAGGCAGAGUUGAAGAAGGUCGCAGAGAAGCUGAGAGAAAUCCGACAAGGCUAGGCUCGCCUGGAGCCCACCUCCGAGCUACUUUGGGGGUCUUUGCUGGCGUCGUACUGUUGUGAUGCGAGGCUUGCAGCUGUGGCGGU